AGUUGAUCAAACCAAAAUUAAGAUUAAAAAAAAUGCCAAAGUCCUCAUUUUUGCGAAGACGAAAUCUUUCCGUCUCUUGCGGUCUCUCUGUGAGCUGAGCCUGAGCUGAAUCAAACCAGCAAAGAAAGCUUUUGAAGUAAGCAAAACUUUUUCUCCUUUCUCAAAUCUCGCACCACUUUCAACUUCUCUAAUCUCCUCUCAACUCUCAAGACACACUCUCCCUCUUCUACUGCAGAACUUUUAUUUAGAUCCUGUAGCUGUGAAAGCUUGGAUUCUUAUGUGAAGAGCACAAUGUUCACUGAAGGACUCGAUUCCAACGCCGUUCGAUGGGUUCGAGAGAACCAGAAGGAAGCUACUCUCUCUCGUUCCAGUUUAAGGCCUAGAAUUGGUCCCAUAACUAACGUUAGAGCAGGCAGUCGCGGAUUUGGCUUGCCUCCACCUUCCAAAUUCAGAAGCGGACACCUACCUUCUACUGCAAUUCCGGUGUCCAGAACCAUUCCUGGCGAUAUCGGUGAUAGCCGAUCCGCUUCUGAUAAUGACAUAACCACCGAGUCCGAUGAAGAUGAUGUUUAUGGCGGACGGUAUUCCCUCGAUUCCUCUCCUCGAGACGAAAGAAUCCCCAAUUCCACUGCUAUUGGGCAAAGAUAUGGAAAUGCCGAGCUAAGAGGCGCGCGUUAUGCUACUGAUUAUGUGUACUCCGAUGUUAGUUCGUCAAUGGAGACUCUGGCGGGGAGAGGUGGUAGUGUGGCCGAGAGGGUAGUUAGAGGGAACGGGAGGUAUGAGGUUGGAAGGAAUGGUUACACUGAGGAUGAUUAUGAGUCGUCGGAUUCGGCUGCUAGCUCCGAAUUUUCUACCACGCAAGCUGGGAGUGUUAGUAGUGCUUUGCCUAGGAGUAGGCUGCGUGUUUCUGAGGGAUAUGCUUCGAGCGUGCCUUCUUUGGCUAAUGUUGAACGCAAUGCACGAAAGGAUUUGAAUUCCAGAAACCUCCAGAAUGUGAAAUUUUCUUAUGAUGAUGAUGUUCCCAGUGCACCUCCAUUUUGUGGUUCUGGUCAGGAAAUUAAAGAAAGUGCUGAACUAGCAUCUGGAGUGCAUAAGACCGCAGGCAUUACAGAUCCAUGUGGUUUUCCUACCAAUGAUGACAAAAAUGAAAUCAAACCUACUUCUGGAGCUGAACCAAAGGAAAGUUUUGGAAAUGAGAAUCCUGAUCAGUUUGUAAGAACAACUGCUGGUGCAGAAGCUGCUGUGCCUUCUGGUUCAAACCCAGCUCGGCUGCCAACAUUUCAUGCCAGUGCAUUAGGGCCAUGGCAUGCUGUGAUUGCUUAUGAUGGAUGUGUGCGGCUUUGUCUUCAUGCUUGGGCAAGGGGAUGCAUGGAAGCUCCAAUGUUCUUAGAAAAUGAAUGUGCUUUGCUGCGGGAGGCAUUUGGUGUGCAGAAUGUGCUUUUGCAAUCAGAGGAGGAACUACUGGCAAAGCGCUCUUCUGAGCUUGUUAAUGAGGGGGCUGCUCCAAAACCUAAGAAAAUCAUUGGAAAGAUGAAGGUGCAAGUGCGUAAAGUGAAAACUGUUCUUGACCCUCCUACUGGCUGUAGUAUGUCAUCUCUGACUCUUAGAGUUCCAAAUCUAAAACUCGAAUCUGUCCGAUAUCGUUUCUCUAAGUUGCAGUCGACACUUUCUACUGCUUGGCAAGCUUUUCGAAAAAUUCAUGUUGCACCUCGCAUGCCUGCAAACGGCUCCUUUUCCCGUCAAAGCUUGGCAUAUGUGCAUGCUAGCACUCGGUAUAUAAAACAAGUGUCUGGACUUCUGAAAAUUGGUGUGACAAGUCUACGUAACAGUUCCUCAUCAUAUGAAGUUGUGCAAGAAACAUACUCAUGCUUGUUAAGACUGAAAAGUUCAGCAGAAGAAGAUGCCAUCCGGAUGCAGCCUGGAUCUGGUGAAACCCAUGUGUUCUUUCCAGAUAGUCUAGGGGAUGAUCUAAUUGUUGAAGUCCAAGAUUCCAAGGGGAAAUAUUAUGGCCGUGUCCUUGCUCAAGUUGCAACUAUUGCUGAUGACCCUGUUGAUAAGCUACGAUGGUGGUCAAUAUAUCGAGAGCCAGAGCAUGAGCUUGUGGGCAAACUACAGCUCUACAUUAAUUACUCUACAAGUUCAGAUGACAGUAAUCUCAAGUGUGGGUCCGUAGCUGAAACCGUCGCAUAUGACCUCGUUCUAGAAAUUGCUAUGAAAGUUCAACAUUUUCAGCAAAGGAAUUUAUUGCUUUAUGGUUCCUGGAAAUGGCUUCUUACUGAAUUUGCUUCAUAUUAUGGGGUUUCUGAUGUCUAUACCAAGCUGAGGUAUCUUUCCUAUAUAAUGGAUGUUGCUACGCCCACAGCUGACUGCCUGACCUUGGUAUAUGAUUUAUUAAUGCCUGUGAUUAUGAAAGGCCAUAGCAAGAGCACGUUAAGUCAUCAAGAGAACCGACUUUUGGGAGAAAUCAAGGAUCAGAUUGAACAGAUUCUUUCUCUAGCAUUUGAGAACUACAAGUCUCUUGAUGAAUCCUCGUUUUCGGGUAUUAUGGAUGUUUUCAAGCCAGCAACUGGGUUUGCAGCAGCUGCACUGGAACCUGCUGUGAAGCUAUAUACUCUUCUUCAUGACAUUUUGUCUCCUGAAGCACAAACAAAUUUAACCCAUUAUUUUCAGGCUGCUGCUAAAAAAAGAUCAAGAAGGCACUUGACUGAGACAGAUGAGUUUGUUUCCAACAACAAUGAAGCUACUUUGAUGGAUUCUGUUGCAAUGUCCACAGCUUACCAGAAGAUGACUAACCUUUGUUUGAAUAUUAAAAAUGAAAUUUUUACUGACAUUGAAAUCCACAACCAACACAUACUUCCUAGUUUUAUAGACCUUCCAAAUUUAUCUUCAUCCAUAUACAGCACAGAGCUUUGCAAUAGAUUGCGGGCUUUCCUGCUUGCAUGGCCUCCAUCUGGUCCUUCACCUCCUGUAGCAGAACUUGUUAUUGCAACAGCUGAUUUUCAGAAAGACCUUGCCAGCUGGAAAAUUAGUCCUGUGAAAGGUGGAGUUGAUGCGAAAGAGUUAUUCCAUUUGUAUAUCAUGCUAUGGAUUCAAGAUAAGCGCCUUUCCUUGCUUGAGUCAUGUAAACUAGACAAGGUAAAAUGGUCAGGAGUCAGGACGCAACAUUCUACUACUCCCUUUGUUGACGAGAUGUAUGAUCGUCUUAGAGAGACUCUAGAAAAUUAUGAAGUCAUCAUUUGCCGAUGGCCAGAAUAUAUUUUUGUGCUAGAAAAUGCUAUUGCUGAUGUUGAGAAGGCCAUUGUGGAAGCUUUGGACAAACAAUAUGCAGAUGUGCUAGCACCAUUGAAGGAGAAUUUGACCCCUAAGAAAUUUGGCUUCAAGUAUGUCAAGAAGCUUACCCAACGAUCUGUAUCCUCAUAUACUAUUCCUGAUGAGCUUGGGAUUCUGUUGAAUUCAAUGAAGAGGAUGCUUGAUGUCCUGCGUCCCAAGAUAGAAAUUCAGUUCAAGUCAUGGGGUUCUUGCAUACCUGAUGGUGGAAACACUGCUCCGGGAGAGCGCCUUAGUGAAGUGACUGUGAUGCUGAGAGCCAAGUUUAGAGGUUAUCUGCAAGCUGUUGUAGAAAAACUAGCAGAGAAUACCAAGUUGCAAAAUACUACAAAAUUGAAAAAGAUUCUCCAAGAAUCAAAGGAAUCUGUGGUAGAAUCUGAUAUAAGAGUAAGAAUGCAGCCACUGAAAGACCAUCUGACAAACACAAUUAAUCACCUUCAAUCUGUUUUUGAGACUCAUGUUUUCAUCGCAAUCUGUCGAGGCUAUUGGGACCGCAUGGGGCAGGAUGUUCUUAAUUUCUUGGAGAACAGAAAAGAAAAUAGGUCCUGGUACAAAGGAUCUCAAAUAGCAGUGUCUGUCCUGGAUGAUACGUUUGCAUCACAGAUGCAGCAGCUGCUUGGGAAUGCACUACAAGAGAAAGAUCUUGAGCCACCUAGAUCAAUAAUGGAAGUCCGUUCAAUGCUUUGCAAGGAUGCUCCCAAUCACAAGGAGAACAGCUACUACUAUUGAAAGUGGUCGUGUUUGCAGAUACGAGUGGUACGAGGGCAUGUGAUUAUAUAAAGCAGGAGGUUGGUAAACAUUUGGCCUUCUGCUAAUCGUGUCCAUCAGUGAUACAGGUGCAUGCAAUUUUGAAGGGAGCAAGCGACUCGGUUGCUCUCUCAGAUUCGCCAAUCUGCCCUCCUUCAAGAAGCUAGUUUAGUUCUUAUUUUUGGGCAUAAAAUAUAUAGAGAGCAUUGGAACGUUGAUUUUAUACAUAUUUUGUAAUCGCCACACAAUGUAUAGUGUGGCAUUGAGCAUAGCAUUUAAUGGCUUGUUCCGUUGGUCUUACAUAUGAAAUUAAAUGAAUAUAUAAAUUUUAAAAUUUUUAUUUUAAA